AGAUAGGAAAUGACGCUAAGCCACGCCCCCUCCCUUUGUACUCCCAAGUUGCGCCCAGCGCAGGUGAGGAAGCCGCACCAAGUCUCGCAAGACGAGUUAAGGUUUAUAGACUGGACGGACCAAAACUUUCGCUUUGACUGUUUUUACGCUUUUAUUUCCCGAGGCCGUUGCCUUGUGUGACCCUUAUUAGACCAACUUUGACAUUCUCCAUUCGGAAGCUUUUGAAACGUUAUCGCUCCAUUUGUGGCACAUGCGCGCACACGUGUCGUCACGCUGAUGGAGGAGCACGCGCACGGCGCUGGACUCAGGUGAACUUGAGGGAGAACUAGAGAGACCACCGAGGGACGUCACCAUGGAUCCCGUUGAGGGGGGGCAAAGGGUACCCUCAAGACAACGACCACCAACCUUGCCUCAGGGUCUGGACCUGGAUGCUACAGUACAGUUUUUGCCAACCCCGGAGGCCAAAAAGAUGGAGAAGAGUCCAGCACAUUGCAAGAAGUUGUGGAUUGGUGUUGGCCUGGUGGCAGCAGCCGCCGCUCUGUCUCUGCUGACCGGACUGCUGGUGUGGCGCUUACACCGGCACCGCAAUGAGGCCGUAACACGCGUAUACGUGGGCUCCAUGGCCAUCGCCAACCAACCCUUCUUGCCAGCCUACAAGGACCCCGCCAGCGGGGCGUUUGCCAAGAUGGCGUCUCUCGUCAGCCAACAGCUAAAAGAGAUGUACAACACAAACCCAAUGUUGGGCAAACACUUCAGAAACUCGUCAGUGGAUGCCUUCAGCAAUGGCGGCGAUGAUUCUGUGAUGACGUACUACCACUCCGAGUUUGACAUCGCUGCCCCCCAGCAGGCCUCAUUGGACGCCGCCAUCCAGUCUCUGCAAACGGCGGCAGGAAGUAAACGAAGCCGGCAAGGCAGAGUGCAACUGGCACCCCAGCACGCGCUCGACGUUGACGCCGUCAUCGCGCAAGCUAUUGAUCCACGGAUGACAUCAUCGUCCCUAUUGAUCAAGAAGUCCUUUGACGUGCAUGUCCGAGAGGGCGGAGUCAUUCAGUCGCCGGGUUUCCCUGAUUCUUCGUACCCGUCCGACAUCUACCUGCAGUGGCGCCUGCGAGCGGACGCUGCCUACCGCGUGCGACUGGAUUUCCAAACGCUGAGCCUGGAGGACGACUGUCGACGCGACUUUGUCAAGAUUUACGAUUCCCUCGCGCCGAUUGAGGACGCUGCCAUUGCCGAACACUGCGGCAGUCCUCAGGGUUCACUGUCCUUCGUGUCGUCAGGGAACGUCAUGUUGGUGACGCUAGUCACCAACGGGGCAAAGAACUUUCCAGGCUUCAUUGCCAACCUCUCGCAGAUCUCGUUGCCACCGCUAGACUGUGGAGGACCUCUGAGCGGUGACGUGGGGAUAUUCGCGUCACCAUUCUUUCCGUCCAACUAUCCUCCUAGGACUUCGUGUGUGUGGAACAUCCAGGUAUCGAAGGGCAAGUUGGUCAAAGUCAAGUUCCAGAAGUUCUACGUCGGAAAUGACUCCAACGAUUGUUCACGGGAUUACGUGGAAGUAGACAGCCGAAGGCUGUGUGGUGCGAAAGUGGGAAGUACAGCGGUGACCAGCAGCAGCAACCUGAUGACUGUCAAAUUCAACUCGGACUGGUCCUACGUGGACCAAGGUUUCUUCGCCACCUACGAGGCCUUCAUCCCGAGUGACUGCCCCAGCGCUCCCAACAUAUUCCGCUGCAGGAACGCUCGCUGCAUCUCGCGGGCAAUGGUGUGCGAUGGCAAAGACGACUGUGCCGACGGCUCCGAUGAGUUCAAAUGCGAAAAAUCGGUCGCCAUGACGACAUGUCCUGACUCCAGCUUCCGCUGCAGAAACGGACGCUGCGUGGACAAAGUCAACCCCGAGUGUGACGGCGAGUAUGACUGUGAGGACGCGUCUGAUGAGGAAUCCUGCCAGUGUGGUUCCCAGCCGUACCGAAGCUCUCGCAUUGUCGGCGGUGAGGCCGCGCAAGAGGGCGAAUGUCCCUGGCAGGUCAGCCUGCGGGUGGCAGGGCAGGGUCACGCGUGUGGCGCUUCUGUACUGAGCAGCCGCUGGCUACUGACCGCCGCUCACUGCGUCCAGGACAAGACUUUGGUCAGUCACUCGCGGCCCGACCAAUGGGAAGCCUUCCUGGGCCAGCACGACCUGAGCCGUACCAGCGAAUGGACGGUGAGGAGGAAGGUGACGCGGAUUGUUGCUCACCGCGACUUUGACCAGCUCACUUUUGACAACGACGUGGCGCUGAUGGAGCUGGAAUCGGACGUGCCCCUCAAUCAGCACAUCUGGCCCAUCUGCCUGCCCUCCCCCGCACACGGCUUCCCUGACGGCCAGGAGGCUUGGAUCACCGGCUGGGGAGCCACGAGAGAGGGAGGUGCGGCGGUGAACAUCAUGCAGAAAGCAAAAGUUCACAUCAUCAACAGUGCGGUGUGCAACAAUGCGAUGAACAACGAGGUGACGGAUGGAAUGUUGUGUGCCGGAGUUCUCAAAGGCGGCGUGGAUGCCUGUCAGGGUGACUCUGGGGGCCCGCUGUCUGUCAUCAGCCCAAGUGGCCGAGUCUUCCUGGCUGGCGUGGUGAGCUGGGGCAAUGGUUGCGCUCGCAGGAACAAGCCAGGCAUCUACACGCGAGUGACCCGAUAUCGCAGCUGGAUCAAAGAACACAGUGGCGUUUAGCCACACGGCAAAUUUUAGCACAGGAGAUUGAAGAGGUGCGCCCUUAUCAUCUACAAAUGACCAUUUCAACCAAAUAUGCAACAAGUUUCCCCCCGGCUCUGUAAAAUAUCCCUAGAAUCUUUAAAGCAGAGAGACACAACUUCAAAUAACUUGAGUUUUUGCAGACUUCAUGGACUUUCUGAAGUUAGACCUGUCAAAGAGUCUUAACAGACUUGUUCGAUUUUGUCAAGAUAGAGAUACUUCAGUCUCACUGGACUUCCUAAAGAGUCUUCACUGACCAGUUGUAGACUCUUCAGAGACUAUUUUUCACUUGGCCUUCACAUACAGUGAAUACUCUGUUCUCGAAUUUCCCCGUUCUCGAAAAAAAAUCAGUUUUUGAACAAAAAGUUCGAGAUUUUUUUGCUUCUGUUUUCAAACAAAAAUCCGGGACUUGAAUGCCCCGAAAAAAACCCGGAAAUAACAUAACGCGCAUGGCGCAACCAGCUGACCCACCCGCGAGGCGCUUUAUUCUGUAUAACGCAGCCUCUGUACGCAGACGUGUCCCGGUAGUGACUGUUUUUUCUUUCUAUUGAGGACUAUUAACCCCCAAUCGUGGCUCCAAAGAAGUAAGGCUGCUGGUGCUGAAAAAAAAGGAAAGUUGUGCGUGAAAGCCAAAUACGAAUCUGUUCUGCGUGUUUCUGAGCUGUCGAAGGAGUAUGGCAUGGCGAAAUGGCUGAUAAGCACCAUUCUGAAACGCAAGCACGCCCAUAAAGCAAGUGAUGUUGCUAAAGGAAGUUGAAAAGUUGUUUUUAAUUUUCAUAAAUGACCAACAAUUAGCAACAAUUGUUUCAAAGAUUUCA